GCAGAAAGAAUCUAUUCCCAUUUCUUAAAAUUUUCUUCAAUUUUCCCGUUGACUUACAAAAAUCAAAUUUUGGUUUCGGUUUUGAUUUGGGGUUUUCCAUUUUUCUUCUCUUUCGCCUUCUUUCGAUCUGAUUAUUAGUUUUUUUUCUCUUCACAUCUUUGAUCCUCUCCUUCCCUUAGGGUUUGUAUUGGACUUUUCUUUGUCGUCUCAGAUCCUCAAUUUCACCGCGUAAUUUCUUUCCACUUCCCUUAGUUCCCACCAUUUUAGUCUCCAUUUUUCUUUCCCCCUUUUUUCUUCGCGUUUACUACUUCUUUCUUCUCCUUCUCACAGUGUUUACGACGUCAGAAAUAUUUGUUUUCUUGGAGUAAAGCCUAUUUAUUUCGUGUUUUUUUGUUCAGACCAUAUCUGGGUUUUCUUUGCUUUCUCAGAAUGGCUAUACCGUUGAUGGCUUCAGGGAUUUUUAAAUUGCGGAGGAUCAAGUGAAGGGAUUGUGAAUGUUCUGAAUUGGUGGGAGUUUAGGAGAAGUGGGAUUUGAUUUGGUUUGAUUAGAUUGCUGUUUUUUCUAGACUACUUUAGUUAUUUAUUGUGGAGAUGGAUAGGAACAGGCAAAAUGAGAAUUUGGGUGUAAACAAAUUGGGGAAAAACAUUAGGAAGAGUCCAAUACACCAACCAAAUUUUGGCAAUAAUGCUGCUAGGCCUCAACCCCAGCCACAAAUUUACAACAUAAGUAAGAAUGAUUUUAGGAAUAUUGUUCAGCAGCUUACAGGUUCACCAUCUCAAGAUAAUCAACCUCCUCCUAGACCUCCACAAAAUCCACCAAAAUCCCAAAGUAUGCGGUUGCAAAGAAUAAGACCUCCUCCGUUAACACCGAUUAAUCGACCGAAUAUACCUGCUCCUAUCCCUGCCCCUGUUCCCGUUCCUCCGCCGCAGGCUGUAGUCAAUAACAAUGUGCCUAGGCCUCCACAAUUUGCUCAGCCACCUCCAAGACAGUUGCCACCAAUGGCACUGGGAGGAGACUCACAUUGGCCGAACCCUGCUGCUGAGUCUCCUAUUUCGGCAUAUAUGCGUUACCUUCAAAAUUCAAUGAUGAAUCCAUCUCCAGUAGGAAACCAAGCUCAAUUUGUACCACAACCUCAGAUUCCUGGUCAAAUACAUCCUCCUCAUGCACCUCCAUCGGGUUUAUUGCCUAAUCCUAAUCCUAAUCCUAAUCCACCCGUUCCUGCUCUUCCAUCCCCAAGGCUAAAUGGUCCUCCACCCCCUAUCCCAAACUUUCCUUCACCACAUUGGAAUGGUCCCGCACUUUUACCUUCCCCAACUUCCCAGUUUCUAUUGCCUUCUCCUACUGGUUACUACAAUAUGUUGUCUCCUAAGUCACCUUAUCCAUUACUCUCACCGGGGAUCCAGUUUACUCCGCCGCUGACUCCUAAUUUUGCAUUUCCAUCCAUGCCUCAAUCAGGGAUCUUAGGUCCAGGGCCUCAUCCACCACCUUCACCAGGGGUUCUGUUCCCUUUAUCUCCCUCAGGGAUUUUUCCCAUCUUGAGUCCAAGAUGGAGAGAUCAAUAACCCUUCCUCGAAGCGUUUUCGCGCUGAAGCUCUCGAUGCCUGCUGACAUUUUCAUCUACUUGUGAAGAUGGUUACCAAACUCAUGUUGAAAGCUAGCGGGCUGCCCUUUUCCUGUUUUAUAUCUUUCAAUUAGUUUGAUUUUUUCUUUUAACACUUUAAAUUGUAAAAUCUUUUUGCUUCUCAUUUUGGCUCUGGAAAAAUUCUAAUCCUGUAACCUGUAGUCUUGUAUAAUGCUUUUCCCUCCUUUGUAGGACAAGUUCCUAUUAGGCAAUAUAGUGAAAGAUCAAGUUACCAAAAAUUGUAUUACUAUAUGUAACAGGAAGAACAGAGCUGUAACCUUAGACAUAGGGAUCAUAGAUGUCAAGUUGAUAACUUUGUCGGUCGGUCGGUUUAGUUGAAUAAUAGUCCAAUUCUGUAAGAUGAUGGAAUGAAUAUUGUUUGAUAUCUAAGUUCUUUUAGCUGGUUUAUCAAAGGAAAUGUUGAAGUUGUGCAUUUUUCUUA